AUGAUUCUUGUUUCUAAACAGUUUGAUGGAAUUGGUUUUGGCACAUGGAAAAGGGCGAUGUCAAUUGCACUUUCUGCAAAGAACAAGUUAGGUUCUGUUGAUGGAACAAUUACAAGUGCUGCAAACCCUAGUUUAUGGAGUCGCUGUAAUGACAUGGUGAUUUCAUGGAUCAUCAACACAUUGUCCAGAGAUAUUACUGAAAGUGUUUUGUAUGUGCAGAGUGUUGCUCAACUUUGGACAGAACUGAAUGAUAGAUAUGGACAGGGUGAUGGUGCAAAGUUGUAUCAAUUACAAAAGAGUUUAUGUGAAAUUUCACAAGGAAGUAGCAGUAUUGCGACUUAUUUCACAAAGAUUAAAGGAAUUUGGGAUGAACUCGGUUCUUUAUCCACCAUUUCUCCAUGUUCUUGUGGUACACAUGCUGAAAUUGUGAAAAGGGACGAAGAACAAAGGUUAAUUCAGUUUCUAAUAAAAUACUGA